AUCGACUGCUGUUAUUGGACGCACAUCGUUACGAUGGUAUUUGAAAACUUUCUAGACUUUCACAGGCGCUACAUGCGUAGACGGAAUUACACACAGAUACACCAAAAUUCCGGACAACGCGUCCAUCGCAUACCCAGAAUCCACAUCCCUGGUAUGCAGAGAACCCUCAGAUUCGACGAUGAGACCAACAUUACAAUCAUCCUUCCUAGUAAUUACGACGAAUAUACCUCCAGGGAGAUGCUCAGUCUUCUUGAAAAUGGCACUUCAAGCGACAUGAGAAUUACAUGCCAGGGGUACUCGUGGGACAUCCACGCCGACAUCUUUCAUGCGGCCGGGGCGUCUGCUCCAGCCAGCCUACCAGAACGAUACGAGGACCUGAUUGGCAACACUCUCACUUCCACGAUGCCCUACGCCGCCUUGCUAGAUUGGUGGCUCGAGUACUUGUAUUGUAGGAGAGGCAAGGUCCCGAGUCCUUCGGAGCUAUGGGCACCUAUCAAGUGUGGAUGGUGUAGAGAUAGCAAGGGCCCGUUUAUGAAGUGCAGAAAGUGCUUGAUAACGAAGUACUGCUCGGAGACCUGUCGGAGGCUGCAUCGGAGUGAUCAUGCGAAAGUAUGCUUAGGCCCGAUUAGGUUUGGCAAGAGGCUUGAGGAUCAGACGGGUUGAGAGUAGAUCAUGG